AUGUCUGGUCGUCAGAAUGGCUUCACUCUGUCCUCUGGUCCCGGUCAGUCCAGUGGUUUUAGUAGACACAACAUUCCCGUUCGCAAACCGAAAAAGAUCCUCUAUCUCAUGUUCAUCUUUUUCCUCUUGUAUUGGUUCGGGAUACGGCAUGGAUUAGGGAUAGAACGUAUACCACCACUACCCCUUGGAUAUGCUGUUCCUGGCGGUAGAAGAGGGAGAAAGAGUAGUUUGACGUUUGAUAAGAAGGGAAUGGCUGUUCUCAAGCCCAGUAUCAUUGGGCAACGGAGAGAGCACCCGAUAUACGAAUUGAUGGAACGAGCCGAGACUCGAUGGUUUGACCUGUUAUCGUCCCAAUCAAAGACUCUAGGAGAAGCUGCAAAAGAGUACAAGAAGCGGUACCUUCUCGAUCCUCCAGCUGGAUUCGACGCCUGGUUCGCAUUCUGUCAAGAAAAGGGCAUCAAGAUCGUGGAUAAUUAUGACCAGAUGAUGAAGGAUCUCCUCCCUCAUCAUGCUUUGAAACCGGAAACCUUUGUGAAGCGGAGUAAAGAGUUGGAGGGAGGGAAAUUCACCUACACGAUCCAGGUCACCAAGAAGAAGGUUGACUUGAGCGGGGAAAGAGCUUGGAGUGCGAGACCGAGACAUAUAAAGACACUGGUCCAGGGCUUCACGGACUGGCUGCCGGCAGACUUCAACCUGAAAGUGACUGGCAGCGAUCACGAUACUGGCAGCGUCGUUCUCGGUCGAGACCAGAGAGAUAAAGCAAUGGAGCUGGUUAGAGAGGGAAAGCACUUUACAGAAGAGGAAAUCACAUUGCUUGAGGAUCCCAAGCGGACAACGGCCACGGGUUGGUUCAAAGCCUGCCCGAUGGACUCGCCUGCGAACGUCCGACCGGGGUCUGAAAACGCGACCAACGACAUACGACCUAAAUCCUUCAUUCAUGACCACCUUCCUACUAUGGACUUUUGCGACUACCCGGAGCUCAAGCGGCUUCACGGUGCGAUGCAUAUCGACUAUGACGUCCGAUCACCAUCUAUACUCAAACCCAUCAUGGUUCUCUCCAAGUUCCCUUCGGACGCUUCGUUCCAAACAACGCCCAUGGAGGGAUACACCAACAUUACAGAUCACGACCUACCGUACUUGGGUCACUGGGAGGAAAAACACGACCAUCGUUUGUUCUGGCGUGGAUCCACUACCGGAGGAUAUGACAAGUAUCGAGAUUGGAAAGACAGCCAUCGACUCAGAUUACACCUCAUGGUGAAUGGUCCGAAAGGCGGGGAUGUAUGGUGGGAUCAACAGGCCAGGGAGGUCAUGAUGCCUGAUGGUAAUGGGGGAUUCGAUAUGGUCAGAAGAUGGGAAAAGAGCCUCAGUCAAGCAUAUGCAGAUGUCAAGCUGUCUGGGAAGCCAAUACAGUGCCCUACUGUUGAGCUGUGCAAGGAGAUCUCCAACACAAUCGAUUUCGGCGCCAAAGUCUGGCCAGACAAGGCUGCCGUUUACCGAUAUGCGCUCGAUGUCGAUGGCAAUGGAUGGUCUUCGCGGUUCCAUCGCUUAUUGACCACUGGGAGCCCAGUUCUGAAGUUUACAAUGUUCCCAGAGUGGCACAUGGUGACUCCAUGGUACCACUACAUCCCGCUCAAAGCUGAUUACAGCGACAUGUACGACAUUAUGGGAUUUUUCGUUGGCCCAUUGAGUGAGAAUGGGGAGAUAGAUGAAUCCAAGGGACACGAUGUGAGUUGA